AUGUGUUUGCGUGUCUGAUCAAAUAUAAAUUAGAAGUAGACCUAAGGCUAAAUGGAUUAGGAAGUAUUUUCUUGCACAGUUCUUUGCUUCUAAAGAUAACUCAGUUUUCAGCCAUGAAAACAACAAGCCUUAUUGUUUUUACUGUUGCAGUUAUCUAUGGUGUGAGUGCCAUUGAGUGUCCCAGGUGUACCAAUCCGAAUGACUGGAAUUCAUGUAGUGCCACGCAUGUCUGUAAUGGACCCGAUGACACAUGUCAGCUGGUUAUUGAAAAUGACGGUACCAAACACAAAAUCAACUACCACUGUAUACACAGACAGAACUGUCAACAACACGCGACUACUUACUGCGACAUCACUGUACACGGUCACUGCAGCAUGUGCUGUGACACCAUUGAUUCUUGCAAAAUUUUGUUAGAUACUGUCUUUGAAGCAGGUGUCAGUGUCACAACCUGUCCCAAGUGUACUAAUGUCAAUGACUGGAUGUCAUGUACAAAUACUCAAAUAUGUCAUGGCAGUGAAGAUGGUUGUCAACUGGUUGUUGAUAAUGACGGUAUAAGACACAAGGUGAACUACCAUUGUAUACACCGACAGAACUGCCAACAGCACGAGACUCAACACUGUGACAUCUCAGUACACGGGCACUGCAACUUCUGCUGUGACACUGCUGACGCUUGCAGAGUUCAGAUAGAAGGAAUCUUUGACCCAUCGGCUUAACUUGUUGAUAUGAAAGAACCAAGAGACCUACAGCAAUGUUACUGUAGCCAUGCAGCAAUGUUACUGUAGCCAUGCAGCAAUGUUACUGUAACCAUGCAGCAAUGUUACUGUAGCCAUGCAGCAAUGUUACUGUAGCCAUGCAGCAAUGUUACUAUAGUCAUGCAGCAAUGUUGCUGUAGCCAUGUUGUCCCCAAAUUAUGAUACUGUGGGCUUUUAUGUAGUUCCGACAGUCACAUUUUUUUAAUCUUAGAAACUCAGUGUGUCGUUGUGUCCUGUACAUUUGUAGAAUUCUCGUCCAUAUAUAAAUGUAUACAUGUAUAAUAGAAAGUAUAUCAAUCUGCUUGGCCCAGUCUGAGCUUGGUCUACUUUAAAAAAAUAUUCAUCCAGUGACAGAAUGGGUUUUCAUAUAUAAAUAUUUCUCUUGAAUUGUUCAAUGACAAUAAAAGCAAAAAGUCAUGA